AUGACCACGCCUGUGGAGGUGGUCCGAAACCUGUCGGGGCAGCUGGACGAAGAAUCGACCCCCCCGUCACAAGUCGCCAGGAAUGAGCCUCCCUCGAGCACACCGAGGGAGGAACAGACUCCUGGUGCUGGAAGUUCGCUCCUCGGAGACGGUAGUUCUACCAUAACGCUCAGCUUGGAAAAUCUGAAGUCUCUGAUCGCGGCGGCAGCAAGGGGGUCGUCAUCCCCGGGGAAAGCAGGGGACGUAACCACUAAAAGAAAAACGGCGGACGACGAGGAGGCCAGACGGCAGGCCGAUGAGUGCGAGGAUGUCCCUCCGGAGGAUGAUGAAGGGAUGACAGGAUCGCCGUUCAUAGAAAGGCUGCAGCAUGGCGAGUUACCCGCAACUUUCAAGCAUGUCACAUACGAAUAUACCGGCACCACGGACCCCUGGGAACACCUAUCAAGAUUCAUUACCUCGGCCUCCCUCCAUCGACUGACUGACGGCGUAAAAUGCCGGGUAUUCGCAACCACGUUGGCGGGUCCAGCUCAGAGGUGGUUCAGCCAGCUCCCGCGCUGCUCUGUACACAGUUUCGCGCAAUUCAGUGAAGUAUUCCUAAACCACUUCGCCAGCUCGAAAAAGCAAAAAAGAAGCACCCUCACCUUAUUCGCAGUACGACAGAAGGAGAACGAACCCCUAAGGAGCUACGUACAAAGGUUCAACUCGGCGACUUUGGAGGUCCCUGCUACCAGCGAGGAAGUACUCAUCAACGCGUUAGCACAAGGAUUGCGCAUGGGAGAAUUCUUCGACUCCCUCUCCAAAAAGGCCCCCGUAUCCUUUAACGACCUGCUCAGAAGGGCGGAAAAAUACAUAAACGCAGAGGAAGCUCGAAGGAGUAGAACCAUGGAAAGCACGCAACCGGCAGAAAGGCGAAGGGAAAGGCCCCGCGAGGAAAUGAGGAAGCAGGAACCUACCCCUAGGCGAGAGCCGGGCAUGGACAGACGGGUGGGCCCUCGCUUCGAAAAUUACGCGCCCCUCUCUUCGGCCCCCUCGGAAAUAUUGGUCGCCAUUGCCAACCACCCCAAGCUCAAAUGGCCCCGAACAUAUGCAGAGGUGCCAAGAAAGUCCGCCAAUGCAGGACCAUAUUGCAAGUUCCACAACGAGCAUGGCCAUUCUACCGAUGAGUGCCAGCACCUGAGAGACGAGAUCGAGAGGCUGAUCAGAACCAAGAAUCUAUCGGAGUUCGUUGGUGGCGGUCCCAGCGGGACGAAACAUGCCAAAAAAGGGGAGGGGCCCAGCCGAGCAACAGGCAGUACUCGCGGAACCACCGAAGCCCAACCCCCGAAUAAUUACAUCCAUACGAUCUUUGGGGGCCCGAUCGGCGGGGAUUCGAACAGAUCUCGACGAGCGCACUUAAGGGAGCUACAGGAACUAAGGGGAGAGCUCGCCAUGAUGUACCGCGUCUCAGUGGCCCCCCCAAUCACGUUCGGAGUACAGGACGAAACGGGAAUACAGCAGCCCCAUAAUGACGCGCUGGUCAUCACCGCCACGGUAGCCAAUUACGAUGUGGCCAGAAUACUAGUGGAUACAGGCAGCUCAGCGGACAUCAUUUACUACGAGUGUUUCAGGCAAAUGAGGCUAAACUUCGAAGUCCGAAGGGUGGACACGGCGCUCAUCGGUUUUGCAGGAGAGGUGGUGCAACCCAUGGGAGAGGUAACACUGCCCGUAUCCCUGGGGACUGAGCCCCUACGCGCCACCCGAGCCGUCAGGUUCCUGAUCAUAGACGCGCCAUCGACGUAUAAUAUGAUAAUGGGGCGACCCUCAAUGAACUCGUUCGAGGCCGUUGUAUCCACUUUCCAUAUGAAGAUGAAAUUCCCAGUCUUAGAUCGGGUGGGCGAAGUACGGGGGGACCAAGAAACAUCAAGGCGAUGCUACAACCAAGCGCUGAAGGGGCAAAGGCGCAUCAAUCCCGUCGGAUGGGGAGGACGCUCGGCGCAGCCCGAGGGCAAUGAUGCGGAUAAGACAAAGGAGAAGAGGCCUCGCGAGGACUCGGAUGAAGAAAGGGAGGGUCACAUCCAACCAAUGGAGGAAUUACGAGUGGUUCAUCUAAGCGAGAGCGACCCUACCCGGGUCACCAAAAUAGGGACAAGGAUGGACAGCGAAACGGCUGAGAGGCUGAUAUCAUUCCUGCGAGACCACCAGGACGUGUUCGCUUGGUCUCCUAGAGACUUGAUCGGGAUAGACCCUACCAUAGCCAUCCACAGGCUAAACGUAAAGCCCGAUGCUGGCCCCGUAAAACAGAAGAGAAGACACUUCGGAGCGGAGAAGGAUAGAAUCAUUGGGGAGGAAGUAAAAAAGUUACUCGAGGCCGGGCAUAUCAAAGAAGUCCGGUUCCCGACCUGGCUGUCAAACGCUGUACUGGUGAGAAAGACGGACGGAAGAUGGAGGAUGUGCAUAGACUUCCGUGACCUAAACCAAGCCUGCCCAAAGGACCACUACCCCUUACCAAGGAUUGACCAGCUCGUGGACUCAACCGCGGGGUGCGCAAUGUUGAGCAUGAUGGACGCCUCACAAGGGUACCAUCAGAUUCGCCUGGGUGAGGAGGACCAGCCCAAGGUAAGCUUUGUAACCUCUACAGGAACGUACUGCUAUGUCGUGAUGCCAUUUGGGUUGAAAAACGCGGGCGCAACAUACCAGAGAUUGGUGGACACCAUGUUCCGAGCACAGCUGGGGCGAAACAUGGAAGUAUAUGUGGAUGACAUGCUGGUCAAAAGCAAGGAGACCAACGAGCAUAUCGACGACCUGCGGGAAACAUUCACGACGCUACGAAAGUACGGAAUGAAGCUCAACCCUACCAAGUGCGCAUUCGGCGUAGAAACGGGAAAAUUUUUAGGAUACAUGGUAACAAAGCAAGGAGUGGAAGCUAAUCCAGAAAAAGUACGGGCCAUAAUGGAAAUGCGGCCCCCAAGAAAUAUAAAAGAAGUACAGACGUUAGCUGGUAGAAUCACAGCGCUAAGCCGCUUCAUCUCGCGGGCAGCUGAUACCAGCUACCCGUUCUUUAGGAUCCUGCGCAAAGGCCACCGCUUCCAAUGGGGUGAUGAGGCCGAUCGUGCGUUCGAGCAGCUGAAGAAAUCCCUCACUCGGCUACCCCUGCUCUCGAAACCGGAGGUCGGGGAAAGAUUGUACGUUUACCUGGCGGCAGGAGGCCAGGCCGUGAGCGCGGUACUGCUAAGCGAAAGAAACGGAAUUCAGCGUCCUGUUUACUACGUAAGUCGGAUGCUCAGAGGAGCUGAAAAGAAUUACUCGGAGAUCGAGAGGGCAGGAUUGGCCCUAGUGGCCACGGCGCGAAAAUUGAGACCGUAUUUCCUAUCGCACACGAUAAUAGUGCGAACCAAUCUUCCCUUAAAAGGAACGUUGGGGAAGAUGGACGUGUCCGGCCGAAUGGUUAGAUGGGCAGUAGAGUUAGGACAAUUCGACAUCGGGUACGAGGCGCAGGCCGCCAUCAAGGGGCAAAUACUGGCAGACUUUUUACAAGGGGCGCCCCAGGAGAAAGAAGUCGGGGUAUGGAGGAUCUUUAUCGACGGCUCCGCCACCCAGUCGGGAAGCGGAGCCGGGGUGUUAUUAGUCGAUCCGGAAGGGGAGGAGUAUGAAUAUGCGAUUCGGUUGGCCUUUCGAGCGUCGAAUAACGAAGCUGAGUAUGAAGCCCUGUUGCACGCCCUGCAACUGGCCUCCGAUGCAGGAGUCGAUUCUUUGGAAAUGCUCUCCGACUCGCAACUAGUCGUCCAACAAUUCAACGGUGUGUUUGAGACCAAAGACGAGCGAAUGGGGGAGUACUGCGUCAGGGCAAAAAGGCUAGCCGAGAAGUUCCAUAGGAUGACGCUUAGACAGAUCCCGAGGGAGGAAAACGAAAAGGCGGAUUUCCUGGCGAAAAUAGGAAGUAUGUCUACCGACUGUACCUCAAGGAAGGUAACAAUCCUCGAGGGACAGCCAAGAGAGUGCCAUGAGGUGGCGACAGCAGGAUUAACCAAGGACUGGCGGCAAAGCAUCAUAGGAUGCUUAAGGGGCGAAGUAUUACCCUGUCGGAGGGAACAGAGCAAGUUAGAAAUAAGGUCGAGAAACUUUUGUCUGGAUAGAGGGAUACUAUAUAAACGCGGAUUCACCAGACCCCACCUGAGAUGCCUCAGUGAGGCCGAAGGAGCCAAUGCGAUCAGAGAGGUCCACGAGGGUUGUUGUGCGGAUCAUGCCGGAGGCCGAGCGCUCGCAACACGAUUACUGAGAGCAGGGUAUUUCUGGCCAACUAUGAGGAAAGACGCGGUACAAUUUGUAAAAGGUUGUGACAAAUGUCAGAGAUACGGCCCACGCAUACAUACGCCCGGGGAGGAGAUGACAAUAGUAGACGCCCCUUGCCCAUUCGCCCAAUGGGGAAUCGACAUCGUGGGCCCCUUACCUCUCGCAGCGGGGCAAAGGAAGUUUCUGAUAGUCGCCAUAGAUUACUUCUCCAAAUGGGUCGAGGCCGAGGCCUUGGCGAGAAUCACGGACUCAGAAGUAAUGAAGUUCAUAUGGCAAAACAUAUGUUGUAGAUAUGGACUACCAAGAGACCUCGUCUCGGACAACGGCACGCAGUUCAAUUCGGCCCGAAUAACGAAGUGGUGUAAAGGCUUGGGUAUAAGUCAAAGAUACGCGGCGGUGGCGCAUCCGCAAGCAAAUGGGCAGGUCGAGGUAACAAACAGAGUUAUAAUCGAGGGCAUCAAGAAGCGGUUGGACAAAGCAAAAGGGAAUUGGGUCGACGAGUUGCACUCGGUUUUAUGGGCGCACCGGACCUCCCCCAAGGAAGCCACGGGAGAGACUCCAUUCUCGCUAGUACACGGGUCGGAGGCGGUGAUACCACUAGAGAUCGGAAUACCCUCAAGGCGAGUGAAAAACUUCAACGAGCCGAAAAAUGAAGAAGAACUAAGAAUCAGCCUGGACCUGACAGAGGAGCUGAGAGAGCAGGCCGCAAUCAGAAUGGAAGCAAGUAAGGCGAGGAUAAAAAACGCCUAUGACAGGAAAGUAAAGAAGAGGCACUUCCAGGUGGGAGAUCUGGUGCUCAAGCAAGCGGACGCCCUAAAGGCUACCGGAAAAAUGGAACCUAACUGGGAAGGACCCUACAUCGUCAAAAAGAUACUGAAAGGAGGAGCAUACGAGUUGGCUACAGCCAACGGGAGUAAACUCCCCCGGCCAUGGAAUGUAGGACACCUAAAAAAAUAUUUUGCAUAA